UGUUAUCAGCAUCUGUGAUAUCGUCCGAGUACAACUGUGUACCGUCGUCGACCGACGAUAAAUUAAAAUAACCGUAGACCCGAGAUCAUGGCUUUGAUAGUUUGAUGUUUGAUAGUUUGAUGCGAUGUUUUAGAAUUCGUCGUAGCUUUCGAUUAUCAGGUUUUUUUUAUACUUCGAGACGCGUUCUUAUUGAAAAAACUUGACGACAACAGUCGCAACGAUUGAUUGUUCUCGAGGAGUAUUGAACCAGCCCGUCUGACCAUAGCAGUCGAAACCUAACCAAGUGUUACGGACUUACGUCUGUCUGCUUCAUAGCUCCUAUAAAAGUCAUUGAAUUGGCACGAUCGACUCGUUUUUUUGUUUUUGUAGGUACGCUAGUCAUGAGCAUGACAUACCAACAAUUUGUCGAGUACGCUACAGAUUUUAAAAAACAUUCGGACUCUAUAGACGACGGUUGGAAUUUGUGUCAAUACCGAUGCCCUAUGAAUGAAAGUCACGUCGAAUAUCUAGUAAAAAAGGAGAUUCAAAAAAUGAAUAAAUCUUCGUUGAAAUCUGAUCAUUCAGAUUCUCAUACAGAGGACAAUAUUCCAGUUGUAUGUGAGUAUCACGUAUUGUACAAUCCAAGUUAUUCAUGUCCAGAUGUGUUCUUUAAUAUGUGGUAUACUGAUGGAAAGUUACUUUCAUUAGAACAAGUCUGGUCACUGGUUCAUUAUUUUUUAAAAGAAAAUGUAGUUCGUGACAAGUGGAAUGCUAUAACUCAAGAGAUACAUCCGUUUUCAAAUACGCCAUUUUUCAGAUUACAUCCUUGUAAGAAUACUCAUGUUUUGGAAAUGUUAGGUUUUUCUUCAGAAAACAACUAUGAAUUUAAUCCCCUAAUAGCAUGGUUAAGUACUAUAAGUCCUCUCAUCGGUUUGAAGAUACAUCUAUCAUAUGGAAACAAAGACUCAAAAGUUGAAUUUACAUAAUUUGUGUUUUUCUUGAUUUUUUUUUUUUUUUUUGAAUUGUAUGUUUUAUUAUUAUUUUAAUGAUUAUCAAUGAAAUAUUAAAUUUUUUUAUACCAAAUUAAUUUAGACUGAAUGCUAAAUAUUGGUGUGAUUAAGAAAGCUCAGGAAAAAUUUGAUCCAAUACAUGAUACAAAAUGUGUACUAUGA